AUGUCCCAGAGCGACUGCUCAUCACUGACACAAGAUGCUGCUGCCUCUGUCCUCGCACUGUCUGCUCCGCUCCGUGUUGCUAAGCUGCUCUCCUCCGCGCGUUACCAUGGGGACCGUGGGGAGGGGAGGAGCGAGGGUGUGGGCAUGCGCGAAUCAAAGCAGGCCCCCGUGGCGCCCUCUCCCAAACUCAAUUCCCUUGCGGCCACCCACAAGCUGAAGAAAGACAUUCACCGUUGCCACCGAAUGUCCAGGCGCCCCCUUCCUCGCUCAGACCCCAUGGCGUCCUCCUUCUCCAACCCCGGUGGCUUCCCCUCCCGCUUGCACGUCUCCCCCUUCUCUGAGACCGUCCGCAUCCUCAACCGCAGAGUCAAACCCCGGGAGGUCAAAAGGGGUCGCAUCAUCCUCAACCUGAAGGUCAUCGACAAGGCGGGCAGGGGAGGCGCGGCUGCAGGCACCAGGAAUAUUACAGCAGGACGCCAAAACAUCCCUUCCCGCAAUCGCAUCAUCGGGAAGAAGGGAGAGGCACCGUACAGGCCUUUCCAGCCCCCUCUGAAGAUGCUGGGCUUCCCGAUGUACGGGAAACCCUUCGGUCUGCAGUGUGGUGGUCCGUUGUCCUUCCACUCCCACCCAGGCUCCAGCACGGGGGCCCACUCUACUUCCUCCCAGUACCACUCCACUCCUUCCAGCUCCACCGGCUCUGAAGGAAAGUCUUGCACCAAAGCCUCCGCUUGGUCCCAGCCUGCCACAGGAGCCUCAGCUUCCAGCGUGGCUCACAAGUCCAGUAAAGCUCCCGCAGAGACCCAGAAGAGCCAGAGUGCAAAGCCGGCUGCUAGUGCUCCGUCCUCGGAUGCGAACCCCGAGGCGUCUCCCGUCCUCCCCUCCUCACCGUCAUCCUCGUCAUCCGCCAUCCUGGAAGACGAGGAGGAGGACGGUGCACUGGAAAGCUGUGCGACCCCAGAAGGAGGCAAGAAGCGCAGGGCUAAACGACAGCCGCCCACCGCUGCUGCCGACCAGAGCUCUGCCCCCGCCGAACCCCAAAGGGCGCUCGCCGAGGGAGACCCCAACUGGCACCCUGAGAUGGCACCGAGCUGCAAGGACGUGGUGGUCACUGAUGUCACCACCAACCUCGUCACUGUCACCAUAAAAGAGUUCCCCUCCCCGGCCUCCUGCCCCGCCUCCCCCUCUGCCACCCCUGACAACGCCUCCCCCCCUCCCCCAAGCACCACCUCUGACGACCCCUCUCCAGCCAAGCCAUAGAUCACAUGAUAUGAAGGCGAUCGCCAAUGAUGAUUGAAGAAGAAUGUCACGCCAGUGGUGCCACUUCAGCCCUCCGACCUUUUUCCUUACGUGUGUCCAUAUUUGUGCAGCAAUUAAUGAAAUGUAACGUAAUGUAACACCACCCAGCCAUCGAGUAGUAGAAAAAGAGCUUUUUGUUUUUAAAGAAGUGUAUCCAUUUGAAAACGGGCAGCUGAUACGCCCUUAAAUUGCCAUAUGUUGUCCACUUGCACAGCACUGACUCUUUGAGGCAGACUUGGAUGGAAGUGCUGUUUGUUUCCUUCACUUGCUUCAGACAUGCUGCGGUUAGCAUGUUCAUAACAAAUUGUCCGAAGAAGUGGAACCCCUGGAGCAUGUGGUGUGUGAUGAGUUCAUCCAGCACACUCGGUGUAUGUGCCGACGUUAUCAACACCUGCAGGUGUUCUGCCAACUUCCUGCCUCUAGUCUCAUUGGAAGUCCAGCUUGUUAAUGAUACAUGAGGUGAUGAGGACUCUCAUAUAUUGCAUCAAUACAGCGAGGUAAAUGUAAUGCACUUGACUGCAUCGAAAACAACUUGUUUUAUGAAGUUCAUCAAUUUUUCAAGGCCUUCUCCUCCUGCUCUGUUGAACAUGAAUCUACAUUCAGUGUGAGUUAGUAUUUAUAUGCACGCACAACCUAGAAAGCUGCAAACGAAGAUAAAAACAAUAGUUUUAAGUUAUUGCUAUCCUUGCCGUCUUUCCCCGCUUGCCUAGUUUUCUCACCACCUUUAGACUCGGAUUGGCCCGAGGUCGCUUGUGAAAGUUUUCUCUUUGAGACGUUCUAGAUUCUAGAAGGUCCAUGAGCUGAAGCAGCGACCAGUUGCAGAUAAAGAAAGCAGUUUGUUGAAGCUUUGAGCUACUUGGCAGGUGAAGUCUGAACAUGUAUGCAGGCCGCUCUGGCUUUGAAAUCAAUCAAACCCAACCAGUCGAUGGAAGACGAGCCUCAUUAGCAUUUCUGUUUGUGUGACUCGUUCAUUUCUUAGGAAGGAAAGUAUGAUUUUAAAUCAGCUCCCCAUUAAUGUGCGCUUAGACUCGUUUCAGCAUGAAGGCUAAAUGCUCCUGUAUGCUUUAGAUCUAUUCGUGGUCGUGUUUGAUGGUACACCGCUUGAUGAGCGAAGGUCUUGCGGGAUGGUUAAAGUAACGCAUUGACCUUUUAACAGUUGGGAGACGUCAGGCAGCGAGUCCACAACUCAGAAACAUUGAGUUUACUGUCCCAGACUAAAGAAGCCAGACUCCACCGGAGAGUAGAGGACGUCUUUACAUGGAGAAGGCGUGUCGGAGGUUUCUAAGCCUUGUGUCGCCCACACGUUCUCUAAACUUCGUUCACUGCAGGUGUUUCAACCGAAGAGCUGAAGCUGAUCAAGGUCUCAGUGCAGCUGACGCGCUUCAUAAAUGAUAAAUUAAUUUUAUUUGAUUUCUCAAUCCCGACUUUUUUAUGUCAUUAUCUCAAAAUAACACGUUUUCCUGAGACGUAUAUUUUGACCUCAGCGUGUCACGUUUAAUUUAUUAAACUUUGUCUUCUCCUUAUCUUGAAUUAUCAUCACCUCGAGAACGUUUUGUUAUCUCAAGAGAAUUAGGCUCUAGUUUUAUCCCAACAUGAAGAAAACUAAACUUCAAUCCUGGAACACAGACUUGGUUCUUCUAUAUCUUCCAGCAGCAGAUGAACUAAGUGAUUCUUCUCAGUGGACAUAUGGUGAUAGAUGUUGUCCAACGACUGUCUUUCAUAUCUUUCAGUGGUGGGUAGACGUGACUCUUGCAGUUGGUAGAUGUUUGGAGUUUUAGGUUGUGUGUUCUCAAGGAGUAGAGACUUAGUGGCUUGUCUUUCAGUUAGGUUCUUGACUGUAUUAUUUGUUUAAGCCUUUGUUUCCCUGUUGAAUUGCUUUACAUUCACAUGUGACGUCAGUGUAAGUGCUAGAUUUCUGUGGCACUAAUUGGAAGGAUCCUUUAAAUGUGGAUAAAGAUGCUAAAUGAAUUAAAAAGCUGUUUUCCUCCUUUGUACUGUACUUUAAUGCUUUUCUGAAAUAUGCAUAAUAAUGUUAAUGUGAUGCCAUUUUCUUUACGAGUCCACCGGGUUUGAUCAGAAACUGGACUGAUGUUGUGUCUAAUGCUAAUAUGAACUGUACAUCGUGUUGAUGGUGAUCGUGGAGGAUAAUGAUGACUUAAUGGAUCUGAACUUCUGACGCAUGUUUUGCAAACCCUUAUUUUACAGAUGAUGUAUUCAGUGUCAUGUUACCUGUUGUUGCUUUCUGUGUGUUUCUUGUACAAGGCUUUGAAUUAAAAAGCUCUUUAAAAGCA